GGGUGUGGGUAUGGGUGUGGGUGUGGGUGUGGGUGUGGGUGUGGGUGUGGGUGUGGGUGUGGGUGCGGGUGUGGGUGUGGGUGUGGGUGCGGGUGUGGGUGUGUGAGAACAGAAAAGAUUGAUGUUCGCAUCCCACAUCCAGACCCUCAAACGAACAGACGGACAAACAGACAAACAUAUUUUAUUCCUUAUGACCCUCCCUUCAGUCGAGGAAAUCAAGGGGAAAAAAGCGGAUCCUGGAUCCUCGGAUCCUGGUGGAUCCUGUGGAUCCUACUGGAUCCUGGUGGAUCCUGGUGGAUCCUGGUGGAUCCUGGUGGAUCCUACUGGAUCCUAUUGGAUCCUAUUGGAUCCUGGUGGAUCCUAUUGGAUCCUGGUGGAUCCUGAUGGAUCCUAA